AUGAACUGCCGCGUGCAUUGCCAGAAAGCUGCGAAAGACGAGACCCUCGUUCAUAAGAAAUCUGUGUCGAAAAGCGUGACACAGGUCUCUGAGACCUCCCAGUACCGGGCUCUCGAGCUUCACAAUAUCCCUUUGCCGACCACUGGAGGACAGAAACAAGCAUCUGACCGUGAUGCUGGUUCAUCGACAGCGGAGAUUAAAAUGCCGAGUGGAAAGACCGACAAGCCAGUGAUCGAGGACAACCGUGACGGGACGGUUUCUGUUCGCUAUGAGCCGAAAGAAGAAGGAUUGCACGAACUAGUGGUCAAAUACAACGGCGAACACGUUCAAGGAUCCCCUUUCAAAUUCCACGUGGACUCAAUUUCCAGCGGCUACGUCACUGCUUACGGACCCGGAUUAACGCACGGCAUCUGCGGAGAACCCUGCAAUUUCAACAUAAUCACCAAGGAUGCAGGAUCAGGUAGCAGCCUUCUUCGGGGACGGGGUGGGUUGUCUCUCGCUGUCGAGGGCCCCAGCAAGGCGGAAAUAACAUGCCAUGACAAUAAAGACGGCACGGUGUCCGUGUCUUAUCUGCCCACGGCUCCAGGAGAGUACAAAAUCUCCUGCAAGUACGCCGAUAAACACAUCAAGGGCAGUCCUUUCACUGUCAAAGUCACUGGUGAGGAACAUUACUCGAUGGUGCUUGAAGCUCCCAACACAGGCACUAAAAGGCGAAUCGAUUGUUUAUCUGCAGGCGAGGGGCGGAAGAGAAAUCAAAUCAGCGUCGGCUCCAACAGCGAGGUUUCCCUACCGAGCAAAGUUCCGGAAAAAGAAAUCAAGCUGCUGAAUGCAUCGAUUCAAGCUCCGUCCGGGCUGGAAGAACCCUGCUUCCUGAAACGUUUGCCGGACGGAAGUCUCGGGAUCAGCUUCACACCCCGCGAAGUCGGUGAGCAUACGGUUUCCGUGAAGAAAAUGGGAAACCACAUCAACAAAUCGCCGUUUAAAAUCCACGUCGGUGAGCUGGAGGUUGGAGAUGCGAGGAAAGUGAUCGUUAAGGGGGCUGCGCUGAAAGAAGGUCGCACUCACGAGGAGAACCAGUUUUUCGUCGACACCCGGGAUGCUGGUUACGGAGGAUUGUCGCUGUCGAUCGAGGGUCCGUCGAAAGCUGAGAUUAGUUGCAAGGACAAAGACGAUGGGACACUUGCCGUUUCUUACAAACCGUCCGAGCCCGGAUAUUACAUCAUAAACUUGAAAUUCGCAGACCAUCACGUCGAUGGCUCUCCAUUCACUGUCAAGGUUACUGGAGAUGGGUCCAACCGACAAACAGAAAGGAUCAAAAGAGAUCGCGAGGCAGUUCCUCUGACGGAGGUCGGGAGUCAGUGCAGACUCACCUUUAAAAUGCCAGGUGUGUCUGCGUUUGACUUGGGUGCUGUUGUUACUUCACCCGGGGGAGUCAGCGAAGCGGCGGAAAUCGUCGUGGUAGAAGAGGGUUUUUACGCCGUCAAUUUCGUCCCGAAGGAGCUCGGUGUGCACACGGUGUCUGUCAAGUUCAGGGAGAUCCACAUCCCUGGAUCGCCAUUCCAGUUCACCGUGGGUCCGUUGAGAGACUACGGCGCUCAUAAGGUACAUGCCGGCGGGCCUGGCCUGGAGCGCGGCGAAGUGAACGUGUCGAGCGAAUUCAACGUUUGGACGCGAGAGGCCGGAGCAGGCUCUCUGGCUAUUUCCGUCGAGGGACCCUCCAAGGCGGAAAUAGAUUUCAAGGACAGGAAAGACGGCUCCUGCUACGUUGGCUACACUGUCACCGAGCCAGGUGAAUAUCGCGUUGGGAUCAAAUUCAACGACUUGCACAUCCCCGACUCGCCAUACAAGGUGUAUAUCAGCCCUCAGCUCGGAGAUGCCAAAAAGGUCGAAAUCGGCCAAUUCCCGGAAGCAAUUUCAACCGUUAACAAGCCUAUUGCUUUCAUCGUUACGAAAAACGGAGCAGCUGGAACCUUGGACUGCAAGGUACUUGCUCCUAGCGGAGCGGAAGAUGAUUGCUUCACUGCCCCCAUAGACGACGACACUUACGCUGUACGCUUUUUGCCGAAAGAAAACGGCAUACAUUUCUUUCAUGUCCGGUUGAAUGGGGUUCACGUUCCCGGGUCACCGUUCCGACUGAAGAUUGGCAAGGACGAAGCUGAUCCGGCGGCUGUCAACGCCCAAGGAAAUGGACUCAAAGCAAUCAAAAGCGGUCAGAAAACGGACUUCAUCAUCGAUACCUCCGCGGCUGGUUCUGGCACUCUGGCAGUGACGAUCGACGGACCCUCGAAGGUGUCGAUGGAUUGCACGGAAGCAGACGUUGGUUACAAGGUGCGGUACACUCCGCUCGCCCCCGGGGACUACUUCAUUUCCGUCAAAUACAAUGGAUAUCACAUUGCUGGCUCUCCCUUCAAAGUUCACUGCACCGGUCAAGCGAUCACUGAAGAAACGUCGAUAUCCGAGACGUCGUCCGUCAUCGUGGAAACCGUGCCGAAGCAAGGAAAGACGGGCUUUGAAAGAGUAGUAAUGCCUCGUUUCAAUUCGGACGCUUCCAAAGUCAAGUGCAAGGGUAUGGGACUCAAAAAGGCUUAUUUGCACAAGCAGAAUCAGUUCACUGUACAGGCAGACGAAGCUGGGCAAAACAUCUUGUACUGCGGCGUGAUCGGACCAAAGGGCCCGUGCGACGAGGUUUACGUGAAACACCAAGGCAAGAACCAGUACUCGGUGAACUACGUGGUCCACGAACGCGGAGACCAUGUGCUCAUUGUCAAGUGGGGAGACGAGCACAUACCUGGCUCACCAUUCAAAGUUGAAGUGCCUUGAAACGCUAGCUUGAUGCGAGAAGUCCUCCUUUCUUUCUCUCCAUAUCUCCGAAUCUCCUUGAGGAGCUUCUAAAUUUAUUCAUUCGCUUAAAUGGGAAAGAUUUGUGUGUUGUGUUCAAGUAUCACUUGCGUGCUGGGCGGGCUUCCUGCCUUCUUCCUGUCUCUCGUGCGAUGUCCGCGGAAACGAAGGAGACGGAACUUGCACAUGCUAAUCACGUGUCCCGAAAACGCGGCGGAAAACGGCGCCUACGUUGAAACCGCACACGCACGGACUUUGUAGCGCUUCUGGCACCGUCGUGUAUUGCUGCCGAGUUCUCCCUUUAGGUCGUUUUGUCAACACUUGUCCGCGAUUUUCGGGCCGCCGUCUCGUACUACCGAUUGCUUUCACGGAUGCGUAGGGCAGCACUGACACGCCAGGCUGUCCGGCGACCUUCACGUGAUGGAGUCCGGCGAAAAUUUUACCUUAUCGUUAACCGCUCGUCGAGCUUUGGGCUCUGCUGUGUAAUAUACGGUGGGGAGAGAAGGGAUAACAUUCUCGCGGUGAAGCGCUGUAUCAUGCGCGAAGGUUGGAAGUCGCCCGCAGCAGACGAUUCCGGCUUCCCUCGAAUUAUUGGUGCUAAUGAACAAGUCAAUUGCGUAGUGGACCCCAGAAAACCAUUGACAAUCUGGAAAUUAAUUUCGCUGAUUUCGGCCACGGACACUCGCUCGUGAAUCCCCCACUUUUUUUUUUCUUUUUUUUUUGGACACGCAGCGACGCCAGCUGCAGGUUCCAUCGUAUCGACGGCGCCAUGUUUUCACUCACUCACACAGUUUACACUGAUGUACCUUCUCCUUCUGUGAACCGGCAUUUAAUAAAACGAGAGCGAAGUCUGUUACAGUGCCUGCGACUGAUGUUGCCCGAUUUGUGUAUCACGCUGCGGUAAUGAAGCAGAUAUAUGCUUGGUAUUCGAAAA